CCCGGUCAUCUGAGUCAACCCGGCAGAGAGUGACGUUUGGGCCGACCUGGGCUCGCGGCCGGCAGGACGGAGGCGCUGCCACGAAACUCGUACCUGCGGCUAAGGGCAGACUCUAAUUAUGAAGAGCUUUGAAUUCUACCUGGAGAACUGCUUUAGACUUCAGUCAGUUGUGACACUUUGGAGGCGUGGAAGCUGAGAUGUUAUGCUGAGUCUACCCUUACUUCCUGUGAAUGAACCAGAGGACACUCCAAAAGCAGAGGACAAGAGAACUGGUAGACAUUGUGAAGUUGUCCUCAUGGAGCAUUUGCGAAAUAUUUUGAUUCAUGUGACCAGUGCAACGAGACCUCAGGACGGUCAAGUGCUUCAAGAUGUCCACCUUUCGGAAACACUUCGGGCUGACAGCCAAAGACGAAUCGUGCAUAUUUAAAGAGCUCGAGAAGGUUCGCCAGCGGACCAGGACCAUUCGCCGGAGGAGUCUCUGGUUCAAGCAGAGGCUGGAUUUCAGUCCGCCUUUGAGCUCAAGUUCCGAGGAAGAGCCCCCGGACCAGGACAAGGAAGAGCGCCCACGCAGCAGCGGUAGGAAGAGGUCGAAGGAGAAGAAGGGGCGCGCGCCGUGGCCUGGGGCGCAGGGUGCGAAGCUCCCCGCCACGGCCGACCUGCAGGGGGCGCGGCGCCGGCCGGGGAAGCGGCCGCCCUUCUGCCCGCGGGAGUUCUACAUGCGCAGCUCGGCGUACCGCCGGUUCGGUCCCUUCACGCGGCUGCCGGUCAUCGCCACGCAGGCUGGCACCGCCAGGCCCGCGCUGCUGCUCCGACACAUCACGCGCAUCAGGAGGCCGCGCAGCAAGGGCCCCGUGGCGCAGGUGUCCAAGCGCGUGUACUUCCUGAGCCCCGCGCAGGAAUCGCGGCUGCUCGACGUGGUCCGCCAGCGCUACAGGCAAGCCAGCUCCCUGUCCAGCCUGAGCAGCGAGGCCGACGAAGGAAAGUCGCGCAGGCUGCGCUUCCACACCCACUACUUGCGCCAGGCCGCAAGCUGGGCCCAGUGGCCAUCCAGGACAUCGUCCGGAUCCCCGCACGAGGGGCGCUCCACGAGCCAGAUAUUCUCACCUGGUCCGAUUACGCGAUCCUUGCCCACGAGCAUAGAGGAGAUCAUUGCCUCUCUGCAGUCCGAGGCCCAGCAAGCCGCUGACCAGACCAUCAAGGAGCUCAUAGAGAGCAUCCUGGGCCAGAACUACGAAGACAUAAUGACAGUGCCAGAGAAGUGUAAUCUCUCAGAUUUCUCUGUCUGUGUAGAAGAAACAUCUGGAUCAGCAUCUCAUGGAAUACUUCCUGGACAGAAAAAACACUUCCUUAAAGUUCCAUUAUAUGAACGUCAAAUAAGGUGCCCCAGUGUACCCACGCAAUUAAAUUUUGAUAAUUUUGUUCAAAGAAAAGGAGGAAUACCAAAAAACACUAAUCCUCUGGCAUGGGUUAUUGAGACAUUUGCCAAAGACAAACCUCAGAAAGCACACGCGCCAGUUUUGCCUGUUCAAAAAGAUGUUCCAGAAAUAGUGACAGAGAUCCCAAAGCUGGAAUUAAGUGACAAUAUAAAGUGCAACCUUCCAGAAGAUCUGAUUGCGUAUUACGAAGCUGAAGUGGAGAGGUUGACUCAAGAAAUAGGCAACGAGAAACAAACUCCUGUGUUUGCAUACUGUAGGCGUGGAGCUAUUUAUCGAAAACUGGGAAAGCUGCAAAGUGCUAUGAAUGACCUACAGGAAACCAUAUUUGUGGAGCCAAUGUUUCUAAAUGCCUAUUGGCAUAGACAUUUCAUUUAUCUUUUCCAAGACAAAUUUAAUGAUGCUUUGGAUGACUUGAAUUUUAUACAUAAAUACAAUAAAAACCAUGCAGAGGCAUACUUGUCAAAGGCAGAGAUUUUCAAAGAAAGGAAGGACUUUACAUUGGCAAUUCUGAAUUAUAGCCAGGCCAUUAAGUGCAGGCCCACAGACGCUGACCUCUAUUUCAGGAGGGGAGAAUUGUAUGAGAAGACAAACAAAGUGCUGGCCAUGGAUGACUUCUCAAAAUGUAUUCAUCAUGAUCCCAAAAGAACAGAUGCAUUAAUGAAACGUGCAAUGUUCUACUUUGAAAAUGAAAACUGGUCUGGAGCCACAAGUGAUUUUACAUCUCUGAUAAAACUUGAGCCCCAAAAUUCUCAAGCAAGGACAAGCCGGGGGAGAGCGUAUUUUAAAAGGCAUUUUUAUAAACAGGCAACCGAGGACUUUUCUGUUGCCAUCCACUUGGAUCCCAACAAUUGGCUAGCGCUGUACUACCGAGCCUGCUUAUUUAGAAAGAGUAAUCCACUGAGAGCGCUGCAGGACUACAGCGUGUCAGCUCUCAUAAAUGAUGGCUAUGAGAAUCUUAAUUGCUUUCUACAUCGGGGCAUACUUUACACACAACUAAAACACUGGAUGCUGGCAGUUUCUGAUUUUGAAACUGUUAUUUUUCUCGAAAGAAGUGCUACUGUGGCUUACAUAAAUAUUGGCCUUGUAUACCUACUACACCUGGAUAAUUACACUGAAGCUUUUUGGUGGUUUUCUGAGGCAAUUAGAAUUGAUCCUUUAUAUAUCCAAAGCUAUCUUUGUAGAGCAGAAACCUAUCAUAAGUUGCAUACAUUGAAAAAGGCAGUAAAUGAAUUAUCUCGUGCUAUUCACCUUCAGCCUGAUGCGAUCCAGUUAUAUAUAAUAAGAGGACAGUAUCUUCUUUUCAUGAAGUGUUUUGAUCUUGCCAAGUUCACUAUUUAUCAAGUAGCAGAAAUGAACAAAGGUCUCAUUGAGCUGACCCCAGUACAGCAAGCACUUACUUACUCAUUUUGUGAAAACCAUGACAAGGCCAUUCAAGUCUUAGAAGCAGCCUUAGUCAAUAAACCAGAUAUCUCCACUUUCGCACUCUUGGCAAAAGCCCAGAUGAAGGCCAAUAAAAUCAAGGAAUCUGUGAGAACAUUUAAGAAGACGUUGGACAUGUUUUCAAAUCCUGAGAUAGCAUCGCCACCCACCAGUGUUUUAGCAGACUGUCUGUAUAACCUGGGUCUAUGUUACAUAGAGGAAGGCAAUUUACACAUGGCUUUUGACUCUUUUACAAGAGCUGUGCAAGCAAAUGCUGAAUUGGCAGAAGCCUUUUAUUAUCGGGGAAUUUGUAAAGUAAAACUCAACAAGGAAAACCCAAUUCUAGACUUUAAUCGGGCAAUUACCUUCAAUCCUAAACAUUACCAGGCAUAUUUAAGCAGAGUAGCCUACUAUGGUUUAGAGGGCAGAUACUCCAAAGCAAUUCUGAAUUGUAAUGAGGCCAUCAGACUUUAUCCUGAGAGUGUGCGUGCCUACAUCUGCAGAGGAGUUCUGAAAUGUCACAGCAAGAACUACAAGCUCGCUUUUAUAGAUUUAACUACUGCCAUCAACAUGGACAAGAACUGUUACAUAGCAUACUAUAACAGAGCAGUCUGUUACACCAAGAUGAGGGAACUUCACAUGGCUUUAAGAGAUUAUGGGAUCGUGUUGCUUCUCAACCCUGGAGAACAUAUAACAUUAAGUACCUUUGUUAACCGCGGACUCAUCUACAAUGAACUAAAGCAGUAUGGCUUUGCAAUAGAGGAUUUUAAACAAGCUGUAAUGAUAAGCCAGAAUAAUGUGAAUCUUUGUCAAGCUACUGCCAUGUGUCAUCACAGAAUUAAAGAGUUUGAAGAUGCAGUUAAUUUCUUUACCAGGGCCAUUAAAAUUAACCCACUUUUCCUGGAUGCUUAUGUUGGACGGGGGAAUUCUUACAUGGAGUAUGAAAAGCAUGAAGCCAUGAAACGAGCACAGAAGGACUUUCUGAGAGCACUGCGUUUUGACCCGUCUUCUUCAAAAGCCAGAAUUAGUUUGGGCUACAAUUUGCAGGCCCAAGGAAAAUUCCAGAAAGCCUGGAAUCACUUCACUAUUGCCUUAGAAGCUGAUCCAAAGAGCUACCUAGCCUAUGAAGGACGAGCUGUGGUUUGUCUUCAAAUGAGAAAUAAUUUUGCAGCAAUGCAGGAUAUUAACGCUGCCAUAAAGAUCAAUACUACAGCAGAAUUCUUAACAAAUCGUGGUGUGAUUCAUGAGUUUAUGGGUCAUCGACACAAUGCAAUGGAAGACUAUCAGGCAGCAAUUUCUCUGGACCCCACGUACUCGCUGGCUUACUUCAAUGCCGGGAAUAUCUACUUUCACCACCGGCAGUUUUCUCAGGCAAAGGACUACUACUCAAAGGCUUUGAAAUAUAAUCCAGAAAGUGGAUAUGGGCUCAUGAAUCAAGCUGUUACAAACACAAUAUUAAAGAAAUAUGAAGAAGCAAAAAAUGAUUUUUCACGUGCAAUUGAGCACUGUCCCCACUGGGCUGCAUUGUACAUUAACAGAGCAAGUUUCCAUUUAUGCUCACAGCGGUAUGAGCUAGCCGAAAAGGACCUUGGCAUGGCCGUGUCUUUGAAGCCUAAUGAAUCUCUCGCAUAUCAUCUCAGAGCACAAGUUCGUGGCAAAUUAGGACAGAUAGAGGAAGCUAUGAAAGAUUAUAAUCAAGCCCUCAAUCUUGAAGAAUAUUCCAAAGCUAUGUGAUUACACAGACUCUUGUGGUUUUGGUAGUAGGUUAAGUAU